AUGGUGCUGGAUGGCAUGGAACUGAUUGCAAUUACUGUAGUCAUUGGCCUUUUUUUUGUAAUGUUCAAGCAGUUUGGUGUCUGGGAGCCCUUGUCAUUAGAUGAGAGUACUGACUGUGAAUUGGAGCUUUCUACUGUUCGUCACCAGCCCGAAGGCUUAGAACAGCUCCAGGCCCAGACCCAGUUUACCAGGAAAGAGCUGCAGUCGCUCUACAGAGGCUUCAAAAAUGAGUGUCCUAGCGGGCUGGUGGAUGAGGAGACGUUCAAGACCAUCUAUUCACAGUUCUUCCCCCAGGGAGAUGCCACCACAUAUGCACAUUUCCUGUUCAACGCUUUUGACAUGGACAGAAAUGGCUCUAUCCGUUUUGAGGACUUUGUGAUUGGCCUAUCCGUACUGCUCAGGGGUUCAGAAACAGAGAAGCUUCAGUGGGCCUUCAAUCUGUAUGAUAUCAACAAGGAUGGCUGCAUCACCAAGGAGGAGAUGUUGGCCAUAAUGACGUCCAUCUAUGACAUGAUGGGCAGGUAUACCUCUCCCAGUGUACGAGAUGAUGACCCAUCUGAGCAUGUGGACAAGUUCUUUCAGAAAAUGGAUCAGAACAGAGAUGGGGUGGUGACCAUCGAUGAGUUCAUAGAGACCUGUCAGAAGGAUGAAGAUAUAAUGGCCUCCAUAAAGCUCUUUGAGAAUGUAAUCUAGGUCUAGGACUGGACAGAGAACACAGAUAUAUGUCAAGAUGACCUUUGAUUGAUUCCAAUAGCAGACCCUACAAGCCCCUCCGUCCCUUGCCCCUCGCCGUUGGAUAAUAGAAGAUUAUUGACACACAUCAAAAUGAGGACAGUAAACAUUUAGCAUGUGGAAUAGGGAAAUGUGACUCUCAACGUU